AUGUCUCGAUCAGGCACCACUCUGUAUGUCACUGGCUUCGGCCAUGGCACCCGCGCCCGCGAUCUUGCCUACGAAUUCGAACGUUACGGUCGCCUUGUGCGCUGCGAUAUCCCUGCGCCCCGUACACCUUCAAGCCGACUCUUCGCAUUCGUGGAAUAUGAAAGCCGUCGUGAUGCUGACGAUGCCUAUCACGAGAUGCAUAACAAGCGGAUUGGGCGUGAUGACCUUUUAAAGAUCGAAUGGGCGCGAACUCCUCCUUCAGCUUCGUGGCGAUUCGAUUCUGGCCGGGACCGUCGUCGUGACCGCACUCCUCCCCGCCGUGGGCGUUCUCCUUCCCCUCGCCGCAGCCGCGCCGAAUACUCUCCCCGACGUGAUGACCGUUACGAACGGGAUCAUGAUCGCGCCGACCGUGACCAUGACCGUCGGGACCGGGAUCGCGACAACGAGCGUCGGGAUCGCGAUGACCGCCGUGAUCGCGAGCGUGAGCGCUCUCGUGAUCGCUCCCGCAGCCCUGAAGACCGGGACCGCGAUGUCAAGGAGGAUCGUGAGCGACGCGAAGAUGACCGUGAGCGUCGGGAGGAGGAACACGACGCUAUUCCCAAUGGCGAUGACAGGAAAGUACCCCUGGACCCCGUUCCUUCUGCUCAUGAUGAGCUCGACACUGCUGAGUAG